AUGCGAUCUCUCAUUUCACGGGUGGAAGACAGUGCAAAUGUAACCGAGCUCUGCAAGGCAAUCACAGUUUUGGAUGCAGUAAACUGGAUUAACAUUGCAUGGAGGGAAACACAACAAACAACAAUCGCCAAGUGUUUUAUGAUGUGUGGAUUUCCCGUCUCCUCUGAGCAGGAACCCAAUGAUGAAAAUGAUGACAACAUUCCUCUCGCUACAUUAAUAGCCACCAUAUCAAAUGAGGUUCGAGUGGCUGAGUUUGUUGAUUUUGAUCAUGAUAUUCCAACAGAGGAUCCGGAUAAGAGUGAUUGGGAAGAUGAUCUAGUGAUGGCACACACAUCUACUGACAAGAGUGAGGAGAAACCAGCAGACGACAGUUCAGAUGAUGACGACAACACACAGUUGGACACAAUGUCUGAACUUAAUUAUGCCGAAGUGCUCAAAAUGUUAAAACAGCUCAAAAACUUUGCGGUAACUACAGAAAAUAGACUUUUACAACCAGUGUUAAACUUAGAAGUCAUGACAGAAGAGUUCGCCCUCGAAAGAAACAUCAGGAAAAAACAAACAACAGCGACAGACUAUUUCUCAGCUGACACCCGAUAA